AUGGCUGGCCGCGCUGCUCCCCCACCCAAGAGCCUCUUGGGCAGGCACCGCCUCCUUGCCCCAACGGCGUCUGUCCGUGUUAGCCCAAUCUCCCUAGGCGGCAUGAGCUUAGGUGACACCUGGAAGGGAAUGAUGGGCGAAUGCUCCAAGGAGACGGCCUUUGAGCUCCUGGAUACCUACUAUGACCUUGGAGGGAACUUUAUUGAUACCGCUAAUGCAUACCAAGGUGGCCAGAGCGAAGCCUGGAUUGGUGAAUGGCUUCAAAAAUCUGGCCACCGCGAUGAGAUGGUCAUUGCUACCAAAUAUACCUUGAGCCCAAUGGCUGGUAAGCAAGUGCAACAGAGCAAUUAUGGUGGAACUGGCACCAAGAGCAUGAAUAUCGCACUUGAGAUGAGUCUCAAGAAUCUCCAGACCAGCUACAUUGAUAUUUACUACGUCCAUGCUUGGGACUAUGCAACUCAGAUCCCAGAGUUAAUGCAAUCCCUUAACAACCUGAUCCGUCAGGGUAAAGUGUUAUACCUAGGGAUUAGUGACACCCCUGCCUGGGUGGUAUCGAAGGCCAAUGCCUACGCUCGCGAAAAUGGCCUACGCCCAUUCUCUGUUUACCAGGGUCGCUACUCUGCGUUGGUGCGCGAUUUGGAGCGUGAUAUUAUUCCCAUGUGCCGCGACGAAGGCAUGGCUAUACACCCUUGGGGUGUGCUUGGUAGCGGUAUGUACUUUUAUAUAUCACCCGAUGUCCCUCCAAAGGUUGGAGGCCGCCAAACCCCCCACGUCAUGACUGGCCGUGAAGAAAAAGUAUCCGCUGUCUUAGACGUUAUUGCAAAGCGCCAUAACGUUCCUAUUACUACUGUUGCCCUCUCAUAUGCUAUGCAGAAGGCGCCAUAUAUUUUCCCAAUGGUUGGAGGCAACAAUGUCGAGAAUCUCAAGGCAAAUGUCGAGGCCCUAGCUCUAGAGCUUACCCCUGAAGAUAUUGCAGAGAUUAACAAGGCCUACGAGUUUGACCUUGGCUUCCCUCAUAAUUUCCUUAAUGGGGCUGGAUUCAUGGGUGAAGGGCCUCAGCAUGUUAGCUUCCUCAAUGGCCUUGGCCAUUUUGACUAUGUAGCAGGUCCCAAGGCGGUCAAGCCCCACCAAGGAGAGCUUAACACUGCCUGGAAGACAUAG